UCUGCCAGCAGUGUUCAAAAUGGCCGCGAAUAUUCUUUUGCCCUUAUGGAUAUUACUUAGCUGUGUAAUAGGUGCACUAGCUGAAACUUGCUACGGGGCGGACGAGUCAAUCACCUGUAUUUUCGGAUGUUGUGAGGACGAAUUAUAUGUUUACUGUUGUUUGAGUAACGGAGCCGGCAUUGGUAUCAUCUGCGGGUGUCUGGUAGUUGUCCUGAGUUGCAUAGGAGCAUGCUGUCGACAUGCUCGAAGAAGAAAUAACCUGAACCAGGCUACUGUGAAACAUAACACUCAGGCCGCUUCCGUUGCAGUGGUUACAAACACCGCAAAUCAGGGCGCCUACGGUAACCAACAGAUGUCACAAUACCCUCCCCCCGCCUACCCGGAACCCCAAACAACCCCACCCUACCCGGUUGCCCCUGCAGCCUAUCCCCCAAAGUACUGACACAUCGCGGAGGAGUGGAAGUGGGAAUCCCCUUUCGCUGAAAGACGCUGGAUAUUGUCAUCACAUAGCGUGUCUGUUUAAUUUGGGGGUGGGUUGGGGGUGGGUUGGGGAUGCGGUUCUCAGAUAUAUUUGAUUGACAGGUACAAUAUGCACAUACGCAUUAUAUGUUUUGAAAAAUGGUCGGAUUGAUAUAUAUAUAUAUAUAUUUUUUUGGGGGGUGUCUCAGAAUUAUUUGAUUGACAGGUACAAUAUGCACAGAAUGUAUUAUUCGACAUACGUAUUAAAUGUUUCGUAAGAAUGGACGGAUUUAUAUUCAUCAUGCAGCUUGUUUAUAUAUUUGUGGAUCUCAGAUCUAUCUGUUUGAUAAGUACAUAACAUAAAAUGUAAUGCGCAACGGAUAUUAAAUAUUUUGUUGAACGAAUGGACGGAUUCAUAUUGUAUUCUUCAUACAGCAUGUUUGUAAGUUUAUGGCUCUGAGAGCUAUCUGACUGACAAGUAUAUAGCACAUCCAGUGUGAUACGCAACAGAUAUUAAAUAUUUUGUUGAAAGAAUUGAUGGAGUCGUAAUCAUCGUGUAACUGCACACUAUAAUGCUUUCCAUACGUGUAAUCUUUUAAUUAUGAAUUUAUGAUACACGUUGCUUCGUAGGAUCUAAUAAUGUCUAAACACAGGCUUUUGUUGUUUUAAUGGAGAACUUUUCACAAUAAAAUGCAUUUUUAUUA